AUGGCUACCACUGCGAUGGAUUACGAGGCAGCCAACGGCGACCGAUACGAAGAUGAGGCUCCUCGAUACGAGCGUGACAACCGAAGCGCCUCGCCUCGACCUCGUGACGACAACGAAGGCGGCCGCCGACGUUCCGCCUCGCCUGGCGGUCAUGGCGACAGCAACAUGAAGGAUGUUUCUGCUCCCCGUGAUGACGACGACGGUGCUGUCAACCCCGGUUCUAACCUCUUCGUCACUGGCAUUCACCCCAAGCUUUCCGAGGCUGAGGUCUCCAAGAUGUUCGAGAAGUAUGGCGACGUCGAAAAAUGCCAGAUCAUGCGCGACCCCCACACAAAGGAGUCUCGUGGAUUUGGCUUUGUCAAGAUGGUCACAUCCGAGCAGGCCGAGGCCGCCAGGGAGGGUCUACAGGGCGACACCAUCGAGGGUCGUACCUUGAGCAUUGAGAAGGCUCGCAGAGCCCGUCCUCGUACCCCUACCCCCGGCAAGUACUUUGGACCUCCUAAGCGAGAGCCCCGUCCUGGUCGUUAUGAAGACCGCCGCCGUGGCGGUUACGGUGGUGGCGGCGGCGGCUAUGGUCGCGAUGACCCCUACCGCUACCGUGGCUACGACCGCAACUACGAGCGACGAGGUUACGAAGAGCGUGGAGGCGGUUAUGGUGGCAGCAGUGGAGGUGGCCGUGAAGGCGGCCGCGACUACGACCGCAGCUACCGUGAGGAACGCCGUUACGACGACCGAGGCGGUUAUGGCGGCCGUGAUUAUGAUCGAGGCUAUGAACGCCGCGACCGCGACGAUGGCUACGGCCGAGACCGUUACGCCGGAGGUGGCCGCGAGGAUCGCGACCGUUACCCUCCUCGUGGAGGCCCCGGAGGCUCUGGUUACGACCGUGGCGGUGACCGAUACGAACGCGGAGGCGACCGAGACGCUGCGAGAAGCCGUGACCCAGCUGCCGGCGCUGGAGGAGCUGGUUAUGGCGAGUCUGCCUCUCGAUCCGAGACGCGCGACGCCUAUGGAGGUUCGGGCUACUAUUGA